GGUGCGAUUCGUGGCGCGUGGCACGUCAAAUUCUUGUGUUGAUGACGUUUUUUAUUUAUUCCAUUCAUUUAUUUUUGACAAAUUAUAAAAGUCAAAGUUCAAGCAAACAUUAUAUUUGAAAAGUGCCUUUGGGAUUAACAAAAUAAAUGAAGAGAACAAACUUCAGGCCUGAGAACAAUUGAAGAAAAAAUAUACAGCUGCGCUCAUCUUUUAGAUAAUAUCAAAUCUGAAAAAAUGAGGAGAUCCAAGCACUGAAAACCCAAAUUAUCCUCUUGAAUUUAACAGUGAAAAAAUUUUUUCGAAAAAGAUGUCAUCACGACGUCCCAGUAUUUCCAUCCACGAUUAUCCGGAACAUUUAAAUCCCUUCAAAGAGGCCAGUCCCAGUGUCCCAUCACAGAUUUUUAAAGAGAAGAAAUCCACAGAAAAGGAAACAAAAACUAAAUUUUGGACUUUCGGCAGAGGAAGGAAAAAAAGGUCACACAGCUUUUCCAUAAAAAAUACAUGGAAUGGUUUGUUCGGAAAGUGCAAAGAGCCGGAAGCGCCAGAACGUCGCUCGAUGAUAAACACAGUUUCAACGAUGUAUAAAAGAGACACGAUCAAUGGAGGUCCAAAUGGAAGACCGGUUGUACAGCCUCGCAUAUCAAGAGAUCAGCAGGAAUUUGACGAGGCUUUAGGAACGUUGGCGAGAAGAAGAAAGUACACACUGGACAAUGGGUCCAGAUAUAAUUCUAGUCUAACUGUGAAUGGAGAUCCUGCCAGAAUAUACGACGGAAGUCCUCAAGAGACAACCACGUCUAUUAUGGGGGACCUUACCCCGAAACCACCAGCGCGAAAAUUUGGCCAAGUGAGUCCAAGAGUUUCAGAUCAAAUACCAACCCUCGAUUUUGAUGGCAAGGAACGUUUAUCCAAUGGAGAAUUGUUUCCAGAAGACAGAGAACAUGAUCGUGCGCCAGUUGCUCCAAGGCGUAGCGGUUUGAGAUCUUCGCAGAGAUUUCUGCCCUCAGACGUAGAAGAGGGUUCAAUUUCAGCUGACGUGACUUUGAGGGACGAAAAUGAAAACGUGCCAGAAGAUUAUGUAUUUAAGAGAUUUAGUCAGGACGCAGUGAGAAGAUCGAAUUUGUCAAUCAACAGUUGUAUGUCAAUUUCUAGUACCGCAAGUGGCAGAAAAAAACGAAGAGCACCCCAGCCGCCGAGACUCAAAGAUUCAGUGGAAAUUGCAGAGGAAAGCAACAUUUCCCUCUCGAAAACAACAGAACUAGAGUCACCAACCACCCCGAUAGAAAUUUCCCGAGUGGCCGAAGACAUUACCGAAUUGACAAAGAAGAGUCAACAAAUCGAGGAACAAUCCCUACAAAAAUCUAGUCCAAGUCCCGAAGACUCAAAACUCGAAAUCCUAAAAGAAGCUGAAGUCAAAAUCCCCGAAAUAAAAAAUUCCAAAGAUUUACCAAAAGAUUCCGAAGUAGAAACCUCGCCAUCAGUCAAACCAGAAAGUGAAGAAUCUGCAAAACUAGAAAGGGAGGAAACCCCGGAGAAAGUAACUGUCGAAAUAGAAUUUCGAAGAGAAGCAGACAGCCCCCUCGAAAUAUUCAAAGAAAUCACUCCUCCUGAGGAUCUAAAAAAGAAAAAGUCCCCUGCGAUUUCAAGAAGCAAUAGCUUCUGUGUCAAAGAAGAAAUAGAAAAGAUUGAGAAACAAAUAAAGGAGCUCGAAUCUAAGAAUCUCGUUCGUAGACAUUCUGAAGAUUCAACUGAUCGAAAUUCUUAUAACGCGAGGCUCUCAAUUCAGGAAAAUCGUCGACACUUUUUCCAGGAUCUCGUUGACAAUCCGGAAGGAGUAAAAGUGGAAUUGAAGGAACUUCCUCGGGAGCAAAAAGAUAUUCAUAUUAUCAGAUUAACGGAUCCGCCGGUUCCUGUUGAAGCUCCCAAAGAAUCUGUGAAGGUGAUUGAAUUACAUAUUUCAGAACCGAUUCGGCAGUGGCCGGAAGUCGUUUUGGAUAAUCCGCUUCCGAAACCGAGGAGAGGCAGUGCCUUAGGUCUUGAAAGAAAGCCUUCCAUUCGUGAUCUUGAUCAGGAAGAUCCACACCCGAAGGGAAGUUCUUUAUGAAGACAUUUCUAGAGUUCUAAAGAGAGAAUUUUUAUUUCUUUCGAGAAAGAUGAUAUUUUUGGAAAUAAAUUAAUGUUUAUUGUUACUUUGAAAAUAUAUGACUUGUUAGUUAAUGAAAAUAUUCUAUAAAUAAUACAGGGUGUCUACUCAAAUCCUGGGAAAAAAUUCCCUGUCAAUUCCAGUUUUUUGAAACUUCAAAUAAAGAAGAUAAAUU